AAUGGAGAGAGGAAGAGUUCCAUCUUUGUGCAGGUCAGAUGCUCACCCGACUCCUCCAGCCUCCAGCCCUCCGAGUGGAGGUUGGGGGCCGCUCUGCCUUUGUUGCUAGAAGAAGAGCUGCCAGCACCCACCUGAGUAAAGGUAGAUUGAGAUCAGAGAUUUUGAGCACUCUGCUCUGCUCUCUUCCAUCUUCCCGCUUGCCAACAUCCUCUGGAGAGGUGUGUAGCGGUACUUCUUCCUGUGCGCUAACCCCAGUCUUCCUUGCUGUUCCUGAGGGUGCCGCUCCCCAGCCCCCUGCCCCCCACCCCGGCAUCAUGCAUCGGACCACACGGAUCAAAAUCACAGAGCUGAACCCUCACCUCAUGUGUGCCCUGUGUGGGGGGUACUUCAUCGACGCCACUACCAUCGUGGAGUGCUUGCAUUCCUUCUGCAAAACCUGCAUCGUGCGCUACCUGGAGACCAACAAGUACUGCCCCAUGUGUGACGUGCAGGUCCAUAAAACACGGCCUCUGCUGAGCAUCAGAUCUGACAAAACCCUCCAAGACAUCGUCUACAAAUUGGUCCCUGGGCUUUUUAAAGAUGAGAUGAAGCGGCGGCGGGAUUUCUAUGCAGCUUACCCGCUGACGGAAGUCCCCAAUGGCUCCAACGAGGACCGGGGCGAGGUUCUGGAACAGGAGAAGGGGGCUCUGAGCGAUGACGAGAUUGUCAGUCUCUCCAUCGAGUUCUACGAAGGCAUAAGGGACCGGGAAGAGAAGAAGGGCCCCCUAGAGAAUGGAGAUGGGGAUAAAGAGAAGCAGACAGGGGUGCGCUUCCUGCGAUGCCCAGCAGCCAUGACCGUCAUGCAUCUCGCCAAGUUCCUUCGAAACAAGAUGGAUGUGCCCAGCAAGUACAAGGUGGAGGUGCUAUACGAGGACGAGCCACUGAAGGAGUACUACACCCUCAUGGACAUCGCCUACAUCUACCCCUGGCGGAGGAACGGCCCUCUUCCCCUCAAGUACCGAGUCCAGCCGGCCUGCAAGCGGCUCACCUUGCCCACGGCGCCCACCCCCUCGGAGGGCACCAACACCAGCGGGGCGUCCGAGUGUGAGUCUGUCAGCGACAAGGCUCCCAGCCCUGCCACCCUGCCGGCCACCUCCUCCUCCCUGCCCAGCCCAGCCACCCCCUCCCACGGUUCUCCCAGCUCCCAUGGGCCCCCAGCCACCCACCCUACCUCCCCCACUCCUCCCUCCACUGCCAGUGGGGCCACCACAGCUGCCAACGGGGGCUCCGCAAACUGCCUGCAGGCACCACCCUCCACCAGCAGGGGGCGCAAGAUGACUGUCAAUGGAGCUCCUGUGCCCCCCUUGACUUGAGGAAAGGGACCUUCUCCCUCCUUCCAGCCAUGUCUCUCCACCCCUCCACUUUUUCUGGACCCCCUUUUCCACCUCUUCUACUUUCCCCAGCUCCACCCACCUUAGGGGUGGGGGGUGGGUUUUAUAAAUAAAUCUCUAUAUAUAUGUACAUAGGUAAAACCAAAUAUACAUACUUAUUUUCUAUGGACCAGAUUAAUUUAAACGCCACAGGAAACAAACGUAUGUGUGUGUGCGUGUGUGUGGUGGGGUGUCCAUUUUUAGGGGGUUUCGUGUAAUUUUCUCUGCUCUUUUGGGGGUGCCUGGAGGCGGACUGGAGGAGCUACUGGAGGCUUGGUGCCACUCGGCAUCCUCCAGUCUUCGAGGCAGGUGGGGUGUUGGGCGGUUCUCAACAGCCCCCAAAGCUUUAGGCGUAAGUCUCAGCUGACCUUAUGGGGUCUUUGUUUCUCCCCCACCUUGGCUGCUGGCCUGCCCCAACUGGGGCCCCUCCUCCAUUGUUGAAUGUCCAGAGAAUCCCUAAGACAGUGCCUUUUACCACGCAGCUUAUUCCCUGGUUCUGAGGAGCAGGGGCAGUGGGCAGGUGUCUCCCUUUCUUCCUCAUUCAGUGCAAACUUUGCGCAAAGAAUAAAUAGUGCUGCCCUCCCCCUGCCCCCACCCCCAGUGUGUGUGGCCUUCGCAUCAUUUAUCUGUAUCUGGCGGGAGAGAAGACUGAAGCCCUUGAUCCCACUGUGGCUUUAGCACCGCUCCGGUCCCCUGCUCCCCUGCCCCCUUCCCAGGAACCCUCAGGAGCAAGGCUGGUGGCAGUCUCACCUGGGGACCUGGAGGGGACAGGUGGAAUGGGGCUGACCUUGCUAAGCACAGACCCCCACAUUUAAGGCAACAGCCCUCCAGUCCCCUCCCCCACCUCCAGCUGUGGCCAAGUAGGAAAGAGCAAAGACAGAGACAGGUAGAAGCACAAGAGCAACCUUUAAGCUCUGACCUCAACUUCCUCCCUCGAGGUCGAAGCCCCACCCGCCAGGGGCAGACCCCAACACACCCCUGCCCACCAGUUUCCCUCCAGUGUACAUAAUCACCUGGGGAGGGGCUGAGGCAGGACACCGCAGCCCUGGUGCUGGGUUGGGAGCACCCUCCGCCUUUGUUUGCUUUGUCCUUUGUCUGAGGUGCUGACUGUAUCCGCCUGUCCUGGGGCGUCUGUCUCUCCUGGCUUUGUAAUAAAUGCUGCAUACUCUCCGAGCCUGUAGUUCUUUGGGGAAGAGGGGCAGGGGCA